AUGUCUCAGAGCGACUCUGAAAGCAACAUCUGGGACUAUAAACCUCUCCGGAAGACCAGGAAACAAGAGGCCGGCACCUCACAGACACCGCAAAAGAAACACAGCGCUCAUUACUGCAGAGACAAGGCAAAGAAGAGUGCAAGGAGAGCAAAGAGUGGGUCUCACAAUGGGAGAUCUCCCUGUGCAGAGAGAGCAAAGAGUGGGUCUCACGAUGGGAGAUCUCCCUGCGCGGAGAGACUAAAGAGUGGGUCUCGCGAUGGGAGAUCUCCCUGCGCGGAGAGAGCAAAGAGUGGGUCUCACGAUGGGAGAUCUCCCUGCGCGGAGAGACUAAAGAGUGGGUCUCGCGAUGGGAGAUCUCCCUGCGCGGAGAGACUAAAGAGUGGGUCUCGCGAUGGGAGAUCUCCCUGCGCGGAGAGACUAAAGAGUGGGUCUCACGAUGGGAGAUCUCCCUGCGCGGAGAGACUAAAGAGUGGGUCUCGCGAUGGGAGAUCUCCCUGCGCAGAGAGACUAAAGAGUGGGUCUCGCGAUGGGAGAUCUCCCUGCGCGGAGAGAGCAAAGAGUGGGUCUCACGAUGGGAGAUCUCCCUGCGCGGAGAGACUAAAGAGUGGGUCUCGCGAUGGGAGAUCUCUCUGUGUCAAAAGGAGUCAGGCACAUAAGGAAGCAGAACAGAAAAAUGUCUCCAGAGAUGCAACUCAGUUCCAGUGUUCAGCUCCCCAGCAUGUUGCUGUAUCAGAGCAUGGUGGACCUCCAGUAUCUCGUAGUGAUGCAGAUGAACAGCACCAGGUCCUCUCCGAUGGAUUUUGUCCCAGCUGUCAGAUGCCCUUCUCCAUACUGCUGGGACAAUCGCGAUGCGGUCACGUCACAGAAUGCCUGGAGGACUCCGCUGAGAAAGACGAAUGUCCCGAUGGCCUCAUGUGUUCCUCCGCCAUUUCAAGCCACUACAAGAAGUACAGCCACUUCCUGCUUGCCCAUACCCGUGCAACCAGCAGUGGAGGCAUGGUCAGCCCAGGACCCUUGUUUAAGGGGGUAGCCAGUACAUCCAGCUCAAGCCCUUCCCCUGGCCAACAGUGUAAAUCAGGCCCAUCCCCAGCCAGCACUCGGUCUAACGCUUUUCAUCUCUUGCGGUCUCCAACAUCGGAAGAUAUCCGGAAGCGCAAGGGCUGGUCACCUGCGUUUGGUGGGUCUAAGACUGUGCGUAAAAAGAGUAGAGCACCUUCCACACCUUUGUGUGCUAGCAGUGCGAGUGAAGCUGUUCAGUCUACACCCACCUCAACAAACUCUGCCUCUGUCCUCCAUUCCAGCAGUGAACAAAUUUCCUACUCCCCCCUCUCCGCCUUUCCUGAAGAGGUUGAACUCUUCCAAAGUGAGAGACCCUCUUUCAGGAAAACUUUAUUUACUGACAAGAAUAACAGUAUUAAAUCAGCAAGAGUGGACUCCUCAUUCACCCCUAGUUUGGAUUUCAGUGAAGAUGAACUUUUAGCUGAACUCCUGUCACAAUCUGAGGCUGAAGAUGACACAAAGAGGUUGUCCGUUACCUCGUUAGCACUUGGUAAUCGCUUGCCUAACGGUAGUGCCACACGUGACCAAAGUCCAAUCAAACUCAGAGGUCCUGUCCAAAAGCUGAAGCAGGAGAAAACAAAAUCUGAGGAUUAUGAUUUGAGCUCUGUUGCUAUUGAGCACGAGUGUUGCUCUCCUCAAAAGUUGGUUUUGGAGCAUCUACGCGAGCGUUUGCAAAUCAGAGCUAAGGAAAGUGGGCUGGAUGCUGUGGUGAAGCAGGAGCCUCCUGUGGAUUCAACGCAACAGAGGCAACUUGUGGUGGAUAUGGCACCCAGGAAAAAUCAAGUCAAACCUGCCCCCUCAGGGCUUAGACAAACUGAUAUUGGGGUCUUCUUUGGCCUGAAGCCCUUGAAGAAAGAGGAGCCAGCAACCGAAGCUAUGGUGGUGAAGGAAGAUAUCCUGCAGGCCCCAGCAGCUGUGCAAAGAGUACGGAAAGCUGCUGGCUCAUGUCAGAGGAAGAGGAAAGCCACCAGCUCGCUUGGUGAUGAUAAUACAGAGAUGGUGGGGGGAGUAGCAGGUAAUGACAAUGACCCAGAAGCACUAAAGAUUGACACCACAACACAGAAACCCUGGAGAAGAAGGUGGACCAGACAAAGAACGGGUGAGAGCCAGCAGCAAGUCAAACGUUGUCCCUUCUACAAGAGAAUUCCAGGCACUAGUUUUGUAGUAGAUGCCUUCCAGUAUGGGACCAUAGAGGGAGUCACUUGUUACUUCCUCACACACUUUCACGCAGACCACUAUGGCGGACUGAGAAAAACCUCCACUCUGCCCAUCUUCUGUAAUCGGAUCACAGGUAACCUGGUGAAAAGGAAGCUGCACAUAGAUGAGCAGUACAUCCACAUCCUACCCAUGAACACGGCAUGCCUUGUGGAGGGAGUAACAGUCAUCUUACUGGAUGCUAACCACUGCCCAGGUGCAUCUAUGCUGCUUUUCAUUCUACCGGAUGGGCAGACAGUGCUCCACACGGGCGACUUCCGUGCUGACCCGUCCAUGGAGCGCUACCCGGAGCUGCUGUGUCACAGGGUGCAGACUCUUUACCUGGACACUACGUACUGCAGUCCAGGGUACACCUUCCCUUCCCAGCAGCAGGUGAUCACCUUUGCAGCCAAUGUGGCCUUUGAACAUGUGACCCUGUAUCCCAGUACGCUGGUGGUGUGUGGGGCCUAUUCUGUUGGGAAGGAGAAGAUCUUCCUUGCACUGGCAGACGUGCUGGGCUGCAAGGCAGGCCUUUCCCGGGAUAAGUUUGGCACCAUGAGCUGCCUGGAGUCGGAGAGAAUACUCAAGCUGGUCACCACGGACUGGAGAGCUGCUCGCGUACAUGUGCUGCCCAUGAUGCAGGUCAACUUCAAGAGUCUGCGAACACACCUGCGGAAGUUCUCAACGAUGUAUGAUCAGGUCCUGGCCUUUAAGCCCACUGGAUGGACGUACUCCAGCCAAGUGACGGGGGUGGAGGACAUUCGACCUGAGAUCCAGGACAACAUCAUCAUCUAUGGCAUCCCCUACAGCGAGCACAGCAGCUACCUGGAGAUGAAGCGCUUUGUCCAGUGGCUGAAGCCCACGAAGAUUGUCCCCACUGUCAAUGUGGGCAGCUGGGCGAGUCGUAAGGCCAUGGAGCACAUCUUCAGGGACUGGAAGGAGGAGUGUAAGGACUGAUGGUGUGGGGUGGGAACACCACAGCUGGGACACUAAACUUGAGGUGGAGUUCAGGACUGGUGGGAGGGGCUGAAAUGCCACAGUUGGGUUUGUGAGGAAACAAGUCCUGCUGUAAAUUACAUCCUCACAUCAGCCUCUAAUAUAGACCAUGAGCACGUUUUCUUCAUAUAAAGAAGCUCCCUUUGAAAGGGAAUUUUUAGCAAACUAAAAAGACUGGCUUUGUUGUUAAACAACAAGACUUAGAUUUUUGUUUUUUUUUUUCCCCCCUUGGUGCUUUUUAAAAUAUUUCAACUUCAUCUUGAAGUUUCAAAGUUGUAAUAAUUUUAAUGCUGAAUUUCCAUUAAAAUAUUUUAUU